AUGGAAGACCAGUCCAGCCCCAGCAGGCACCACCUCGGUCGCAGCGUCUCACAGCCCGAGCCGCGACCGAGCCCCAGCAUAUACCAUAGUCGUCGCUUCGAUGGUACGAACAACAACACGUUGCCUCUCGCCCCGUCUCCGCCGCUAACUCUUGCAGAAUCAUGGGUUGAACUCUCCUCCCAGCCCUCCUCCUCGUCCCUCUCCAGCGUCGACAACGAAAUUGUCACCACCGGCCUCCAGGUCGGCAGUCCCUUCCAGCAGCGCCGGCGCCGACUCCAUCCCGCCGCCCGCUCCCUGCCCCCGCAGCAGCAGCACACAGUCAUCCACGCCGCCGGCGCUGGCGCCAGCAGCCAGGAUGAGGACGAAGAAGAAGAAAGCGACAGCGAUGAGGACCGCGUCAUGACGAGCUCCGCCGAGAAUAUCCACUCCUCCGAGAAGGAACCCUCGGACGGCGACGACGACGAUGAUUCCGACGACGGCGACAACGCCACCACACUCGGCCAUACCUCCAACCCGCCCGUCUUCCAGCCGCAUCCCAACGCCUUUACACACCCGCCGGCCGGCCUCCUCGCCCAGCGGAGCUACUCGACGAGCUCGGCCGAGCACCCCCACCCGCACAGCUCCUUUCGACGCUCCUCGUACCCGCAUCGACACUCCCGCGGUCAGCGCGGCGCCGCGCCGCCCAACUUCAUGUCCCCCUCGGUCCGCGAGGACAAUGACGCCGCCCUGCGCGCGUCCCUCACCACCCUCCUCUCCUGCGCCGCCGCCGCCCGCGGCCUCCCCAAGACCAAGGACGAGACGGACGCGCAACGCACCACCCGCACCGGCGUCGCCCCCAGCAACCAGCCUAUGGAGCUGCGCUUCAUGCCCGAGUCGGAGUUGCUCGCCGGCGAGGACAAGCAGCACCACCGCCGCCGGCCCUCAUCCGGUGCUGUCUCGCCCAAGUCGAAGCGGUCCGAGUCGGCUGGCCGGUCAGGCGGCCCCCGACCGGCCAAGAAGAAGCGGACAGUCGCCGCCGCCGAGGCCGAGUACGCACUCAUCUCCCCCACGCUGCUCAGCUGGGUCGUCAGCGCCGGCGUCGUCGUCCUCGUGUCGGUUGUCGGCUUCGGCGCCGGCUACGUCAUUGGCCGCGAGGUCGGCCGCGAGGAGGUGAGGGAGGCCCUGGCUGCCAGCAUCGUUGGCGGCAGCGGCGGCGUCAACGACACCACGUCGGCGGGCAGCGACGUCAUUCGUUCCUCGGUCGGGCUGCGCAAGCUACGCUGGAGCGCCGUGGGCCGCAGCAUCGUCGCUCAAGCAUAA